UCUUGUUGAUUACACAUCUCCACACCGCCUGGGUGUAUAUAUGUUCAGAUGUCUGCUCUCUACAGUACCAUCGACUCGGAGGUCACUGUCUGAGCUCGCCCCUACUGACAACUUAUCAUCAUCUUCACUAUGCCGACUGCAAUCGUUACCGGGGCGACUGGUAUUCUCGGUCGUGAAAUCGUCUACGAGCUCGGACGCCACCCACAAGAGUGGACCACAGUCCACGCUCUGUCACGUUCGAAGAAGGAUGCAUACCCACCGACCAUUGUUCACAACUACAUCGACCUCACUGCAGAUGCACAAGAGAUGGCCAAGGAACUGAAGGACGUGUCUGCUGACUACAUCUUCUUCGCUGCAUACCUACAGAAAGAUUCCGAAGAGGAUAACACCAAAGUCAAUGGUGAUAUGCUGGAGAACUUCUUCAAGGCGCUUGAGAUCAACAACACCGUCUCGCAGAUCAAGCGCGUCAUCCUGGUCACCGGCUGCAAGCAGUAUGGCGUCCACCUCGGGCGCGCCAAGAACCCCAUGGUCGAGUCUGAUUCCUGGCUUCCCGAGCCACCUUACCCGCCCAACUUCUACUACCGCCAGCAACGCAUCCUACACGCCUUCGCCGCGAAGCACAACGUCGACUGGGUCGUCACCUAUCCGAACGAAGUCGUCGGCUUCGCCAAGGGCAACUUCAUGAACCUCGCCGCGACCAUCGGGCUCUACGCUGCGGUGCACAAGGAGCUCGGCACGGGCGAGCUGCCCUUCCCCGGCGGGGCCGCGUUCUACGAGAUGUUCGACUCGUUCACGUACAGCCCGUUGCACGCCGAGUUCUGCGUGUGGGCCAUGACGGCACCCGGCGCGCGCAACCAGGCGUUCAACGUCGUGAACGGCGACGUCGAGACCUGGUCGAACUUGUGGCCCAAGCUCGCCGCGCGCUACGAGCUGAAGGUCCCCGCGGACCAGUUCGCGCGCCCCGCGCCGGACGCGUCGGACGUGCCCAUGGCAGACAACCCGCCGAUCUCGAUCAUGGCGAAGAGCUUGGGGCUGCAGGGCAGGACGCCGCAGUCGCGCAUCGAGCAGACGAUCGAUCUGGCGAAGUGGAGCCAGAAACCGGAGGUGAAGGCGGCCUGGGACCGCCUCGCAGAGCGGGAGGGCUUGGAGAAAGACGCGUUUGAGAAGGCGACGUGGAUGUUCACGGGGUUCGUGCUGAGUCGCAACUUCCACACUAUCGUUAGCAUGAGCAAGGCGAGAGCUGCUGGGUGGACCGGGUACCAUGAUACAUGGGACAGCUUCGAGAAGGUGUUCGACCAAAUGGAGAAGGAGAAGAUCUUGCCAAAGGCGACGGGCAGGUUUAUCGGGUGGUCAUUGUAGCAAUAAAGACGUGGAGGCUGGAGGAGGAUCGUGUUGUAGUACAUAACAGUGUCCAUUGAGACCGUCUACGACUAGCAAUCGGCUCUCCGCUGCUGGAUGUUGGUUUGCUCCUCGCGGAGGACAUGACUCCUGGCAGCAAUAUUGCAACCCAAAUAUGAGCGACGUCGACAAUUUGAAUUUUGCGUGCGUGUGGAAGGAGCUUGGAUCGAG